AUGAAGAAAUCCUCCUCCAUAAACUCCGACGACUCCGCCUACACCGCCGAAUCCCCCCUCCGCUACCUCUCCCCCAUGCGAUCCGACGCCUUCGACAGCCCCCCCUACGCCUCCCCGGAGCUCUCCCUCCAGAAGACACCUCCCGACAACUCCAAGGCCAUCAUUUCCGUCGACAAGCACCCUCCCUUCCGCCCGCAGAAACAGCCGGAGAAAGCUCCGGAGAAAUCGCCGUCGCCGAUGGUGGUGUACAACAGCCACCGCGCGGCCAGGGAGGACCCGCCGCCUUCCGUGCCGAAGGUGGCGGCGGCUCCCAACGGCGUGGCGAGACAGGCGGGGGACGGCGUUGACGGCGCCGGGGUUGGGAGAUCGAGGGCGGCGAGGCGGCCGCCGAGGAGGAGGGAGGAUGUGGUGAAGACGGCGGCGCUAGGGUUUCGUGUUAGCGAGGUGGUGCUGUGUUUGGUUUCGUUUUCGGUUAUGGCUGCUGAUAAAACUCAGGGAUGGAGCGGCGACUCGUUUGAUCGCUACAAGGAAUACAGGUAUUGUUUAGCUGUGGCUGUUAUUGGAUUUGCGUAUGCUGCCUUUCAAGCAUACAGUCUAUCGUAUCUACUAGUCACCGGGAAGUAUGUGAUCAGCCACCACCUCCGUCGCCACUUUGAUUUCUUCAUGGAUCAGGUACUAGCAUAUCUUCUCAUUUCAGCAUCAUCAUCGGCAGCCACCAGGGUCGAUGACUGGCAAUCGAAUUGGGGGAAAGAUGAGUUCACGGAGAUGGCCACUGCUUCAGUUAGCAUGGCCUUCCUUGCUUUCAUUGCCUUUGCACUAAGCUCCCUGAUCUCUGGUUACGACCUCUUUACCCAAGAUUCCACAUGAUCUUCACAAUGAGCUGCAGACUCAGUUUUCAUGUUGUGAGAAAAUAAUCUAUAGAAUGUGAAUGAAAAUUAUUCAUUUUCCAGUGGUGUAUAGCUUCAAACUACGUAGCUACGAUAUCUGGAUAGUCAUUGUUUUCUCAGCUUUAGACAUCUCAUAUAUAUACAAGGUAUUUGUGGUUUAUAAGUAGAGGCUUCUUAAUAUUGGAGGUGAUACUCUCAAAUGAGCUGGUCUUAGAUUUGGAUCCGAUUUUGCUUCUCCCCCUUGAUUUAUUGGUGCUGGGUUGGUGUAUAAUGGAAAUCUCUUUUUGGGCUUUGCAUGUAGGCUUUCUCUUGCUC